AUGGAAUCGUCUUCCCAAGAUCAGGGUAGUGGUGGCGACGGAGGGAUACAGAAUUUGCCGGGGCUACCAGCGGGGAUGAAGUUGGACCCGACUGACCAAGAGAUACUGGGGCAUUUGGAGUCCAAGGUGACGUCGGAUUCCCGCAAAAUCCAUCCACUCAUCGACGAGUUCAUCCCCACCAUCGACAGCGAGAACGGGAUCUGCUACACGCACCCUGAGAAGCUACCAGGAGAGAUGAGGGAUGGAGGGCGGGAUGGAGGGCACAUAGAGUGA